AUGGGGAGACGCCGAGCCGGCGGCGGGGGGCGCGGAGGAGGCAGAGAUCGAGGCCGAGGAGGAGAAGGACGGGGUGGAGGAGAGGAGGAGGAUCUGCAGCUGCACAAGGCCGCGAGGUCGGGUGAUGCGGCGGCGGCGGAGUCGCUUUGCGAGUCCAACCCUCUCGCCCUCAACUCCAGAGACCGCCUCUCCCGCACCCCACUCCAUCUGGCGGCAUGGGCUGGGCAUGUUGAUGUUGUGAAAUGCCUUUGCAAGCACAAGGCUGAUGUCGGGGCUGCAGCAAUGGAUGACACUGCCGCAAUCCAUUUUGCUUCCCAGAAAGGUCAUUUGGAAGUGGUGCGUGAGCUGCUGGCGUCGGGGGCCUCUGUGAAAGCAAAGAACAGGAAAGGCUUCACGGCGUUGCACUUUGCUGCUCAGAACUCCCACCUGGAUCUUGUGAAGUAUUUAGUGAGGAGGGGCGUGGACAUCACAACAAAGACAAAUGCAGGGCAAACGGCUCUACAUGUUGCAGAGAAUGAUGAUGUGCGUGCUUUCCUGAAAGAGUGUGAGCAGUCACUGAAGAAGGGAGUGGAGCUACCAUCCGAGAAGAAGGAUGAUUCUGUAGCUGAGAAGGCUGAUGACGGCAAGGUCUCAGGUGAAGAUAGAAAAGAUGGUGUUGAUGCAGGACAGGGCGAGAAGAGGAAGAGUGAGGAGAUUGGUGCUGGGACGAGGCCGCCGGAGGUGAAGAAGGCCAAAGUUUCACUUUCGCAUCUUGAGAACGACAUGGAAGAAGAGGAUGAAGCAGACGAAUAG